AUGCUGCCGGUGCACGCCGACCUGAAGCCCAACCCGCUGGCCGACGCCAACCUCUGCUCGCGCGUGCUCUUCUGGUGGCUGAACCCCUUGUUCAAAGUGGGUCAUAAGCGGAGGCUGGAGGAAGAUGACAUGUACUCGGUGCUCCCGCAAGACCGCUCCAAGCACCUGGGCGAGGAGCUGCAGGCGUACUGGGAUAAAGAAGUUCUGAGAGCCCAGAAGGAUGCACGGAAGCCUUCCUUAACAAAAGCGAUCAUAAAGUGUUACUGGAGAUCUUAUGUCAUUUUGGGAAUUUUUACAUUAAUUGAGGAAGGCGCCAAAGUAGUUCAGCCCCUAUUUUUGGGGAAAAUCAUUAGUUAUUUUGAAAAUUAUGAUCCCACUGAUUCCGCGGCUUUGCACACAGCUUACGGCUACGCCACGGUGCUGGCCGUGUGCACGCUCAUCUUGGCAAUUCUGCACCACUUGUAUUUUUAUCACGUUCAGUGUGCGGGCAUGAGGCUCCGGGUCGCCAUGUGCCACAUGAUUUACCGGAAGGCUCUCCGUCUUAGUAACAUGGCCAUGGGGAAGACCACCACAGGCCAGAUUGUUAACCUGCUGUCCAACGAUGUGAACAAGUUUGAUCAGGUGACAGUCUUCCUACACUUCCUGUGGGCAGGGCCACUGCAGGCCAUUGCGGUGACUGCGCUUCUGUGGAUGGAAAUCGGCAUCUCGUGCUUGGCGGGCAUGGCGGUUCUCAUCAUUCUUCUGCCCCUGCAGAGCUGCAUCGGGAAGUUGUUCUCUUCGCUCCGGAGUAAAACUGCAGCGUUCACGGAUGCCCGGAUCAGGACCAUGAAUGAAGUUAUCACUGGCAUAAGGAUCAUAAAGAUGUAUGCUUGGGAGAAGUCAUUCGCAGACCUCAUCACCGGUCUGAGAAAAAAGGAAAUUGACAAAAUUCUGAAAAGUUCCUACCUCAGAGGGAUGAACUUGGCCUCGUUUUUCAUCGCCAACAAAGUCAUCCUGUUUGUGACCUUCACCACCUACGUACUGCUCGGCCACAUCAUCACGGCCAGCCGGGUGUUUGUGGCCAUGACUCUGUACGGAGCUGUUCGGUUGACAGUCACCCUGUUUUUUCCCUCAGCCAUCGAGAAAGUGUCAGAGGCAAUUGUCAGCAUUCAAAGGAUCAAGACCUUCCUGUUGCUUGAUGAGAUACCUCUGCGCAAAACCCACGCUCCACCGGACGACAAAGCCAUUGUGCACGUUCAGGACCUGACUGCGUUCUGGGACAAGACAUUAGAAACUCCAACCCUGCGAGGCCUUUCCUUUACGGCCAGACCUGGUGAAUUGUUAGCCGUCGUUGGCCCAGUGGGAGCGGGCAAGUCCUCACUGCUGAGUGCAGUCCUUGGGGAGCUGCCCCCCACGACGGGGCUAGUCAGCGUGCACGGCAGAGUCGCGUACGUGUCUCAGCAGCCUUGGGUGUUCUCGGGGACCGUGCGGAGCAAUAUUCUAUUUGGGAAGAAGUAUGAGAAGGAGCGCUAUGAAAAAGUCAUAAAGGCUUGCGCUUUGAAAAAGGACUUGCAGCUCUUGGAGGAUGGUGAUCUGACGGUGAUAGGAGAUCGGGGCGCCACACUUAGUGGAGGGCAGAAAGCUCGGGUGAACCUGGCCAGAGCAGUCUACCAAGACGCCGACAUCUACCUCUUGGAUGACCCGCUCAGUGCCGUGGAUGCGGAAGUGGGCAAGCAUCUUUUCCAGCUGUGUAUUUGUCAAACCUUACAUGACAAGGUCACAAUUUUAGUGACUCAUCAAUUGCAGUUCCUGAAAGCUGCAAGCCAUAUCCUGAUAUUGAAAGAUGGUGAGGUGGUGCAGAAGGGAACUUAUACCGAAUUUCUGAAAUCUGGAGUAGAUUUUGGUUCCCUUUUGAAGAAGGAAAACGAGGAGGCCGAGCCAUCUCCAGCUCCGGGCACUCCCACGCUGAGGACGCGGACCUUCUCGGAGUCUUCCAUCUGGUCGCAGCAGUCUUCUAGACCGUCCUUGAAAGACGGUGUUCCCGAGGGCCAGGACAUAGAGAAUGUGCAGGUCACACAGUCAGAGGAGAGCCGUUCUGAAGGAAAAGUGGGUUUGAAGGCUUACAAGAAUUACUUCACAGCAGGGGCGUCCUGGUUUACCAUCAUUUUCCUCUUCCUGCUGAACAUGGCAGCGCAGGUGUUCUAUGUCCUUCAGGACUGGUGGCUGUCCUACUGGGCAAACAAACAGAGUGCUCUGAAUGUCACGGUGAAUGGAGCAGGAAAUAUAACCAAGACGCUAGAUCUUAACUGGUACUUAGGAAUUUAUGCAGGUUUAACCGUGGCUACCGUCCUCUUUGGCAUAGCAAGAUCCCUGUUGGUAUUCUACGUCCUUGUGAACGCUUCGCAGACUUUGCACAACAAAAUGUUCGAGUCAAUCCUGAAAGCUCCCGUGUUGUUCUUUGACAGAAACCCAAUAGGAAGAAUUUUAAAUCGUUUCUCCAAAGACAUCGGACAUAUGGAUGACUUGCUGCCCCUGACAUUUCUAGAUUUCAUCCAGACGCUUCUGCUGGUGGUCAGCGUGAUAGCCGUGGCGGCUGCCGUGAUACCUUGGAUCAUGAUUCCGCUGCUUCCACUUUUCAUCGUCUUCCUGGUUCUUCGGAGGUAUUUCUUAGAAACUUCCAGGGAUGUCAAACGUCUGGAAUCUACAACUCGGAGCCCCGUGUUUUCCCACUUAUCAUCCUCCCUGCAGGGGCUCUGGACCAUCCGGGCAUAUAAGGCUGAAGAGAGGUGUCAGGAGUUGUUUGAUGCCCACCAGGACUUACAUUCAGAGGCUUGGUUCUUGUUUCUGACGACGUCGCGAUGGUUCGCCGUGCGUCUGGAUGCCAUCUGUGCCAUCUUUGUCAUCGUCAUUGCCUUCGGGUCUCUGAUUCUGGCCAAAACUUUGGACGCUGGGCAGGUUGGCCUGUCCUUAUCCUACGCCCUCACGCUCAUGGGGAUGUUCCAGUGGUCCGUGAGACAAAGCGCCGAGGUGGAGAAUAUGAUGAUUUCCGUCGAGAGGGUGAUUGAAUAUACAGACCUAGAAAAAGAGGCCCCCUGGGAAUACCAGAAGCGCCCACCCCCAGGCUGGCCCCACGAUGGAGUGAUUGUCUUCGAUAAUGUGAACUUCACGUACAGCUUAGACGGGCCUCUGGUACUGAAGCACCUCACAGCCUUCAUCAAAUCCAGAGAAAAGGUUGGAAUUGUGGGAAGAACCGGAGCUGGAAAAAGUUCUCUCAUCUCAGCCCUUUUCAGAUUGUCGGAACCUGAAGGUAAAAUUUGGAUUGAUAAGAUCUUGACAAGUGAGAUUGGACUUCACGAUUUAAGGAAGAAAAUGUCAAUCAUUCCUCAGGAACCUGUUCUGUUCACUGGGACGAUGAGGAAAAACCUGGAUCCCUUUAAUGAGCACACGGAUGAAGAGCUGUGGAAUGCUUUAAAAGAGGUACAGCUUAAAGAGGCUAUCGAAGAUCUUCCUGGUAAAAUGGAUACUGAAUUAGCAGAAUCAGGAUCCAAUUUCAGCGUUGGACAAAGACAGCUAGUGUGCCUGGCCAGGGCAAUUCUCAAGAAAAAUCGGAUAUUGAUUAUUGAUGAGGCAACAGCAAAUGUGGACCCCAGAACGGAUGAGUUGAUACAGAAGAAAAUCCGGGAGAAGUUUGCUCAGUGCACCGUGCUGACCAUCGCUCACAGGUUGAACACUAUCAUCGACAGUGACAAAAUAAUGGUUUUGGAUUCAGGAAGACUGAAAGAAUAUGAUGAGCCCUAUGUUUUGCUGCAGAACACGGAAAGCCUCUUCUACAAGAUGGUACAACAGCUGGGCAAAGGAGAAGCCACGGCCCUUACUGAGACAGCAAAAGAGAUGUACUUCAAAAGGAAUUAUCCAGAUAUUGGUUACACCGGUCCCGUGGGUAUGAACACUUCCAAUGGACAGCCCUCAGCCUUAACGAUUUUUGAAACAGCACUGUGAUUCCACCCAAGAUUUCAAGUCUGUUCUGAAGGCCUUGCCCCAUAGUUUUUGCACUAUACAAACUACAUUGUAGUUUUUUACACUAGCAACAAAUAUUUACACAUACAAGAUGGUAGUUUUUAUUUAACUUUUUUUUUUUUUUUUUUUUUGUUUCCCAACUUUAUCCAGUGAUUUCAGUUUGUAACAAAAUGAUUUGCUUGUUCUAUUUAAAUGUUAUGUAGUUGUUCUUUAAAAAAAAAAAAAAUGUACACCAAAGGUGCAGGCCACCAACAAAAGCUGUCUACCAGGUUGUGUGCCUUAAUAGACUCAGAGCCAAAGGGCAUUUGUUGUAUAAGGAAAGCUGUCACACUGUGUUUCCUGUGUCCUGCAGAAGUACAUGUUAGUUUCCAGUGAUUUCAGGGAUUCUGUUUACUUGAAGACAGUGUGACGUUGCCACUUUGCUUCACUACUUUCUUUGACAUGACUAAGACCUGUUAUUUCCACCACCACCUCCAAGACCUCUGGAUAAAGUAGUAUGGUUCAAGCUCAUAGGAAAAACAAACACUAUAAGUGACAUUAUGGUUGGGAGAGUGGGGGGGGGGGGAAGAUGUAUAGUUAAGGUCUUAAAAGGACAUUUAUGUUCUUAAAAAAAAAAAAAACAAUAAGGAGAGAAGAUGAUUUCUCUGAAUGGGAGCCCUGAUUGGUGGUUUGAUGAUGAAAGUCAGACUUGUGAAUGUUCCUCACGUUCUACAUUUGUGUGACUGGGACACGGAAUGGUGUUGCAGUCACGGACUCCGCGUGGUGGUCUUUCCCCAAAGGCCAGACCUCCAACACUGACUCCUAACAUAUGCAGUGUUCUGCGUGUUUGCAUUUCUGGGGCUCACAGAAGGCAAACCUUCUGUUGACUAUAAGCCUUUUGGGUUACCCAUUCCAAAGUGCAUGCAUAGGCUCUCCUGACUCAGUGAGAAACCCUGGACCCCACGGCAGACGCUGGCUCUAAUUACGUGUUACGUUCUCAGGAUGCGCCCAGAAGGUUCACUUUCACGAGCCUGACUAAAUUCGUUUACUUCUCACCACUAAUAGCAGGUCUUGAGGUCCUUCUGAUUGGCGAAUCAGCCAGGCACAGUACUUCCAAAGACCUGCUGUAUUGCCUUGGAACUACAGGUCUUGAGUUUUCUUGCUGGUGGUGGCUAUUGGAUAUGUUGCAUUCAAGUCACUACAGGUUUGACUGUCAUGGCUUAAACUGGGCCCUUACGAUGGACUCUUGUAAUAAGCCAGUCUGAAGUUGUAUAUAUUAACAUAUGUGUGUGUGUGUGUGUAUAUAUAUAUCCAUACAUAUGUGUAUGCAUACACACACACACACACACACACACACACACACGUGUGUAUAUGGUUGCAUACAUAAAUGCCCAUAUAUAGCAGGGUUUUAGACUUAUGGGCAGAAAGAAACAAUGUUGUAUAGAAUGAAAUGCAAAGCACACACACACAACCCUCCCCUCUCCAAACCCAUUCAAUGUAGCGACUGUUUGAUGCUUUGUAUUCCAAAGUCUACAUUUAAUGUUUAGUUCAGUAAGUCACGUACGCCAGGUUGUCUGUGAAUGUAUGGCUAGUGUUUCAGAAGAUGGAGCUGACAACAACCAUAGUAAUAAGGUCUGUUUAAAUGUAUAGAAACAGAAUGUAUAUGUGUUCAUUGGUCUUUUGAGAUUAAAGGCAGUCAUGGAAACAGG